AUGACGGCAGCGUACGUCAAGUACCACCAUUGUGGCAAACGUGACGUUGUAGACGUUUCCCAGAUACUUGAUUUCGAGCCAAAGCACGCCGCGGACUUCAACGCACGCCACUUGUACAAGAUAUGGUGGGAACCGAAAGAGGACGACGUAUACCUUGGCGAGCCUGGUUAUUACAAAGGACAAGUGUUACUUUUGGCAGCAUCGGAGAAGGAACUUCAACAGAAAAUUGCAAAGAAGCGGAUUCCGACACCAAAAGUUGUAGACAUCGUGUCAGACAGCGGUUGUGAAGAUAAACAGGCCACUGACAAAAGGAAAGCUAUUAAAAGCCAAGCAACUUCUGUGAUCAGGGAAAUAACGAAACAAAAGCUUCAGGAAAGGAGAGAACACCCGCUAAUCAACUCCGAGGACAGUGAUGAUGAUGGUGCCGUGGUCCCACAACGCAUAUAUGACGAGCUAAAAGAACGCUACGAAAGCUUGAAGUGCCAACUUCGUGAGCUGAAGUCAAAGCCAGAUUCAUCACAAGUUCAACAAGAGAGUACCAUUGUACAUUUGAACACCAUUCAUGGAAUACUGCAGCGAAUUGAAGAGAAGUUGGAGCAGGACAGACGAGUUUCUUCGGAAGGUGCUUCUGCCGAGCCCUGCGUGAAAAAAGCUAAAUUCACAACUGACGGAAGCAAUGUGACUAUCAACGAUACAGUGACUUUGCCUCUGUAUCAGUGGCUACAUUGCCAACGGGAAAAGAAAGAAAGCCUCUUCGUUCGCGGCAUGGCACUGGCCCUCUGGGAUAAGGAGACUCUCCAAAACAGGUCCACUGAAGGGAAAGUGUCCAACCGAUUCCGUAAAAGUCCGGAUGCAACAGCAAAACCCCAGCUUUCCCCAGAAAAAAUGGCAGUUCUGGAAGAUUGUUUUGAGGACUGGUUGGUCGACCAUGGAGCGUCAGGCCCCUGCUUAAAGGAACGUCUUGGCUCUCUCAAGGGCCACCUCAUUGCCACUCUGAGGGAUGCAGCAAAGGCACCAAAACUUCGAGACCUUGCCAGUGCAUCACUGGACACAACUGCUGAGAAGGUGUACCCUGAUGUUGAAUAACUGAUACCCAGAGCUCAGAUCACACCUCCAGGAGCAUCCCAAGAUUUGCCCAGCUUUGCGGGUACGAGGAGCAUUUUCAGAUGCCAGCCCUGUCAUCGCUUGGAGGUGCUUCGGUAGAGACUGUUUUUCUUUUCUGUUUUUACUCAUAUGUGCAUGUUAAGGCACAGUGCAUAUGGUAACGCAAAUCACUGAUACUGUUUCAUUCAUUGUGGC